UGAACGUGUCAUUUCGAAUUUCAAUUGACUGAAUCAAAGCAAUGCUCGCGCGUCAUUUUUUUGUUGUCAAUUGUCAAUCAUAUUUUCUUAAAUUAUAAUAUCCAAUUGUGCAGCAUAUUGCAACUACAAAGAGUUACUAAGCGUACCAUUACUAAGUGAUUGUAAAGAAAAGAUUAAGUAAUCGUGUUUUAUGGAGCAUUAGACUAUUAAAGUUAGAAUAAAUUUAUGAAAGUACGUGUAAGAUAUCACGUUCUCUAUAACUACACUGACUUAAGAAUAAUACAUUAAACAUAAUUUUGAGCCAGUAAAGAAUUAUAAAGAGACAAAAGAUUUCUUAUUCCAGUUUGCCGACAUAACUACAAAUUUCUUACCGAGGAAUAAAAAUUAUGGCUUGACUAACUGCAUUGUUAGUGCUAUGGGUGUCGGCUGUUGUCUUUUGACGUGUACAAUCGUGUUACGUAACAUUGAAUUACCCACGUGGCUACAGUUCUUUAGGAAAAGUAACUAGUAUAUCAAUUCACUUCAGCACGCAACUUUACUCGCAUCAUGUUGGGGUUUGUUGUGCAAUACAUAACUGUCGGUAAUGCAGUUAUCGCAUUACUCUCUGGACUCCUUCUGCAUUUCCUCUACGAGCUAUACCCGGGGGGGUACUGCCAUAUAUGGGCUAUAUAGGUAUGUGCCGCUGUGAAGGGUAUGGUUUUCAAGCAGUUUACUCUAGGAUAGGGUAUAUAAAUCAGAGCGUUUGGCUCUAGAAGAGGGUAUCAUUUUUCAGGAAACUGAUCAGUUGGUUGAAGAUUUUAUCUAGACUAGGUACACAGCUACUCUAGGAUAGGGGAAUUUGGGGAGUUUACUCUAGUAUAGGGUAGCAAAAUUCAGCUGAACUUGCUCUGGUAAAGGUUAAGGGUUCCAGGCUCCCAGCGGCACAUCCCCACCCAGAAAUUCCUAAAGUGCCCCCCCGGGGAGCUAUAUCAAUUUAGAGACAUGCCACCCGGGCCGAGGCUUACAAACCUUCCAAUUAUAGGAAACCUGCUGAGUUUUGAUCUGAAAGCUGACGAUUUUCCAAGCGCCAUCUCAAGGUAUUCAGAAUAUUUCAUCAGGCUUUCAUGGACAUAGUUGCUAUCAAUCCGUUCACUAACAAGUUUGUUUUGAGACAUUUACUCUAAGUGCAGGGAUUCCCUCGGAGAUCCUUUAGAUGUUACUUUUGUUCUACCCGUUGUCCACCUACUGGUACAAUUGAUUCUAAUUACUGUUCCAGUAUAUUUUGAUAAAUUUUUAGUAAAAUUUGAAGUGUACUUGAAUAGUUUGUCGGUGAGAUAUAUACAUCCUAAUCACCUUUGCAGUAUCUGAAUUUUGCGAAGGAAUUGUAGUUGCUGGUGAGUGAACUUUGAAGUUGCUCCCUAUCAUUAAAUUUCAUGUAUCUUGAUCAACGUUGUAUCAAGUAAAAGGAAAAAUCACCCUGAUAAGCCGUAUCGAACAUGUGACUAUAAAUUUAAAUUCAAGCAUUUCUAAAGAACCCAGUCGAAUGAACUUUAGCAAUUUCCUUUUCAUAAAUCUUGAACCUUAUUACACGAAUACAAACAUGAACAGAUGCAACUGCUGUAAUGUUUGACAAGAAAGUUUACAUCGGUAUGAUGUCGACUGAUAAAAAAUGCUUGCCUCGUUCCUCGUCAUGUGAGUGCGUGACUUACGUUAUUGGCAGAGAGAUAGCAAUUAAACUGAACUAUAGAGUGUUUUCACUCACGUGGCAAGCAUCUACGCAAAUUUAUUGGAACAAAAGAAAGCGUUUGCAUAAGAAAGGAGUUCAACUCCCACAGGACUGGUUUGGGACACCAACAUGGCCGCCGUUUCAUUGUUUUGGGACACCAAUAUGGCCGCUGUGAAGUCAUGUGAAAACACGCUAUUAGCCUAUUGAUAUCAUGGCAUCAGGAAAAUGAUAUUGACAGUUUAAAAAACAUACAACUUAUUGACGUCAUAUUACUCGCCUGUGAACACAGACGAAUUUCCGGUGGCUACUUUUUUUCCGCUUAAAAAAUACAUGUAGUUAAUACAAUACAUGUAGUUGGAGUGGGUACUGUUUUCUAAGUCAUUUCCUUGAAGCUAUCUGUAUAUGUGUUUAGCCUGCUAACGUCAAUUAGCUCUAAGAAGCGAUGUUCGGUAUGAUAAGAGUCUGGCCCUUUGGCCUCUGACGAUUGGAAAGCAUUUUUUUGCGUGUUUGAUUUGGGCAUUCGUGCAUGAUAAGUAUAGAAUGUAAAUAUUGAUUACGCAACGGAACAAAACAUAAAAGAUUACGUAACCAAACGAAACGGCAAUGCUGACGAAUUUAACGGUUAUGUUGACGCCUUUGGCAAUAAUCUCAAACGGUUAACAUAAAUUAAUAGGGGCCCAUCCACACGUAUUUGGAUAUUUUUGAAUCCGCAACUUUUUCUUUCUGGAUUAAGAAAUUUCCACGUCCACAUGUAUCCGUAUUCAAAUCGAAUUUGCCCAUCCACACGUGUCUGACACGUACACUCUAGUACCCAGGACUCCUCUGGGAAAGUUGGCAACAGAGCAUGAGUCGAAGUUGCCAUCUUGAACACAUUAUUCACACAAGAGAUUCAUAGUAAAGAACUGGGCUCGAUCUUGUUACGUUCCCGGAUUAAAAAAAUAACCAGGUUCAGCGUCCAUACGAUUCAUAGCGUAUUCAAAAAUUUCCACUCUAGUGAGCUGAUUCAAAAAAGUUGCCGAUUGGUAUGCCGGCCUUCACCAGAUACGUGUGCACGGGGGCCGUAUCCGGAAAGAAAAAGUUGUGGAUUCAAAAAUAUCCGGAUGUGGGAGGGGUCGAUCUAAAUGAAUCCUUACUACAUAUGUAGAUAUAACCCCUUUUUUGUGCCUGGCGACUGACACCUGCAACUCUGAAAGGUCCAUCUUCGUUAACGCAGACACUAAAGAAAGUCCUAUGCAAGCCCAUUUUCUUAACACCUUCACAUGCGCCUCUUUUGACAUUUAGAGCGAAGAGAAUUCGCCUUAUGACGCCUUGUGCGGACCUUUUUUUCAUCGCCUAUUGCAAAACUGAUUUGUGCAAUUGGUUAGGUUGGGAGGGGGAGCCGAGGGACGGUUUUAAUCUAACUUCUUUACGGUGAAUUUAAAUUUUAACUCUUACAGCAUCCAAAAAAAAUAUGGCAGAGUUUUCUCUCUUAAACUUGGAAGUUUCAAGUUUGUUAUCGCUGCAACACCUGAGGCCGUGAAAGAAGUUCUGGUCACAAGGUCAGCUGACUACAGCGGAAGACCACAAACAUAUUAUUUUAGAAAAAUGACUCUUGGUAAGUGGACUUGACUUUAAUUUUCACAUUGAACUUCCGAAUGUCUCGAACUGCCACUGGAUUUCGAUCUUUAACCCCUUUGAGUACUCCUUACUCAAGGUCGACCAAAGUCAUUUUUAAAAGAUAGGAAGUAUCUGUUAUUUCUUGUGUCAAGAUCAUCCUACCAAGUUGGUACAAAAACGUUCUGUGCAUGUUAUACUCAUGAACUGCGAAUUGUGUUAUCAACAAUUCGGAAAUCAGUGAUCCCAAUUUACCACCUGAUUGGGAAAUCUAAACAGCCAGGUAAAUUUAAGCUUAGUGUAAAAGAAAGGUCAGAUAUAAAAAUCAUGUCUUUACAUUUGAAAAGUAGUUUUAACAAAUGAAUUGUCUUUUAGUAACCGUUAGAUUACAACAACAAAGCAAAAAGCCUCAAUUGAUGAGUAAACAGAAUUAAAUUUUACCUGGGUUAGACUACGGGGAGGUGGCCUAAAUUGAAUGUCCUCGUUGUUGUUUAUCUGACUUCAGUUUACCACAGGGUGAUAGCGAGUGUGACAUUCCACACUGGCUUACAUGGAUGGCGGAGAAAGAUCGUUUGGAUCUCACGUAUACGGUGUGAUAACAUGACCAAACUUCAUUGUAUCGAAAAACUAUCAUAUUUGAUUACCCACUAAACUCUGCGCGCACUAAAAUUAUUAUUAUUAACAAGAUCUCCGCUAUUAGGCUCGGCUGAAACUAAUUAUGAGUUUGGUUUUCAAACUAAACCACCCUUAUGGCUGUUAAACCUGGUUCAUUUCGAAAGUGCGUACCCCUUAUUUCUAAAUGUGUGCGUGUGUGUGUUUCUCUCUUGCAGGUGGAAAAGAUAUUAUUUUUGGAGAUGAUAAUUUACCAUGGAAGUAUCACCGACGCAUUUUUGUCUCAGCUAUAAGACAAUACGUUUCCAACAUACCCCUUAUUGAAGAACGUCUCAGUAAAUCCACUCGGAAGUUACUAAAUUUAUUCGAGGAUGAAAAAGGAGAGGCCUUUGAUCCUGUUAAGUUUAUAACACCCUGCAUCGCAGACAUAAUUAGCGGAAUAAUAUUCGGUAAGCAAUUUGACACAGGCGACAAAAAUGUUGGUGAUUUGUUAGCUGAUGUGGAGUCGUUCGCGAGAAGCACCGAAGAUGUCAAAGCCAUGGUUUUUCUUGGUUUCUUUCCUUUCUCAAAGUAUUUUCCUUUUAAAUCGUGCGAGAAGGUGGUUGGUUACAUUCUACAUGGUUUGGAGGUUAUAAGAAAGGUUUUCAAGGAGAGCGAGAAGAUGUUUGAUUCAACGAAGACACCUGAAGAUCUCAUGGAAGCUUUGUUGCAUGCCCGGAAUGAAGCCUUAGCCAAAAAUUCGGGAGACAUGGCAGCCAUAAUGUCUGAAGACCACCUCAUUAAUACCAUCAAUGACAUGUUCGCAGCAGGCUAUGAAACCGCCACAGACACUCUAAGCUGGGCAAUCGGGUUUCUGGUGCAGUACCCACACUAUCAGAGAGAUAUUCAAGCACAGUUAGAUGAAGUGGUGGGCCGCCAUCGGAUGCCGUGCUUAGACGAUCGCUUGAGCCUGCCCCUCGUCCAAGCUACAAUCAUGGAGACAUUGCGACUAGGAAACAUUGUACCAUAA